UGUUACCAGAAUGGAACCUGGGUAUCAACGACCACUGUUGCCAGCACAAGCUCCUGACACCCCUGAUGAGUGGAGUGAUGUUAUGGCUGAUAUUGAGAGAGUCAUCAUGCCUGGGGUGACUCACUGGCACUCCCCUCACUUCCACGCCUACUUCGCUGCUGGAAACAGCUACCCAGCUAUCUUAGCUGACAUGCUUAGUGACGCUAUCGGCUGUAUCGGCUUCACAUGGGUGAGUACUCACUACAUGGAAGAAAUCAGUUUACCUGGAGAAAGUUCCGGGGGUCAACGCCCCCGCGGCCCAGUCUGUGACCAGGCCUCAUGGUGGAUCAGGGCCUGAUCAACCAGGCUGUUACUGCUGGCCGCACGUAAUCCAACAUACGAACCACAGUCCGGCUGUGUGAUUGUAAAUAUGCAAAAUAAAUACCACAGUGAAAAAAUAAAAU